CCCUCCCGUCAUAUAACAUUUGAGUUCCUCUUCUCCUACGCUGGUUUUGUCCGAUCGGCUCCAUUGCUGUGCACCGGUUUCAGCUUUUGGCCGCAUUCUCGCAGACAUGCUUCUACCGAGGACACUACACGUCUUUCUGUUAUUUGGUGCGGCGGCGACCUUCGCCUCUGCUGACAAAAUGACAGCGGCCACUGUCUACUGGGACCCCCAACACAAGCUUGUGCAGCUGAAGGAGGGCGUGCUGGAGACGGAGGGGGAUGCGUAUGGGUACCUGAAUGACACUCUGUCCAGUACCGGCUGGAGCAUCCUGGAGAUCCGCGCCGGAUACGGAAAGACCCCCGAGACCGAUGAGGUCACCUUCUUCUUGGCUGGCUUCCUCGAAGGUUUCCUCACCGCCCAGCAGAUGAUGGACCACUACACCAACCUGUAUCGGCAGCUGAUCCCGGACCCUAAGGUCCUCGAGGCGGUUCAAAGUUUCAUGGCGAAGCAGGACUCGUGGGUCAGAGAGCAGGUGAAGCUCAACAAGAGCUCUGAUCCUCUGUGGAAACACGCAGGCUUCAUCGUGGCCCAGCUGGACGGACUGCAAGCAGGAGUGGCAGACUGGGCUAAGAAACAAGGAAAGAAGCCCCUGUCGCUGUUUGCCGUCCAGUUCCUGAACGCAGUGGGAGACCUGCUGGAUCUGAUCCCAGCGUUGGUCCCCGGCUCCAAUCCGUCACUCAGAGACUUCAAACUUCCAGGGAUGGGCCACUGCUCUGCACUCAUCAAGAUGCUGCCAGGCUUUGAAAACCUCCUGUUUUCCCACUCCAGCUGGUACACGUACGCUGCUACGAUGCGGAUUUACAAACACUGGGAUUUUCGCGUUUCUGAGCCCCACACGGCCACGGGGAAGCUGUCCUUCAGCAGCUACCCUGGUUUCCUGGUGUCUCUGGACGACUUCUACCUGUUGGGCAGUGGUCUGAUGAUGACCCAGACCACCAACAAUGUCUUCAACUCCUCCCUGUUUGACACAAUCACCCCAAACAGCCUGCUGGCUUGGCAGAGGGUCAGGCUGGCUCACAGUUUGGCGCAUACUGGAGAAGAGUGGGCCAAAACCUUUGCCAUGCACAACUCCGGCACCUACAACAACCAGUACAUGGUUGUGGACAGAAGCAAAGUGAAACUGGGCCACAGCGUUGAUGACGGUGCUCUGACUGUGGUGGAGCAGAUCCCCGGGUUGGUGGAGUACUCUGACCAGACACAGGCUCUGCGCAGAGGUUACUGGCCGUCCUACAACAUCCCCUUUCACCAGAAGAUCUACAUGCUGAGUGGUUACGGAGAAAUGUGGAAGGAGCAUGGAGAGGACUUCUCCUACGAUCUCUGUCCCAGAGCCAAGAUCUUCCGCCGUGACCAGGCUGGCGUCAAGGACCUGGACUCCUUGAAGCACAUCAUGAGGUUUAACGACUACCAGAAGGAUCCGUACUCUAAGGGCGACCCCUGCAAGACCAUCUGCUGCCGUAACGACCUGAGAGAGACGAGGCCUUCACCAGAGGGUUGCUAUGACACUAAGGUGACAGAUUUCCACAUGGCUGGGGACUUCCUUGCGGAGGCGGUGAACGGGCCCACGACACAGGACGGACUCCAGCCGUUCAUCUGGGAUCGGUUCAGCAACAUCAGCCACCAGGGCCUGCCGCCGUACUACAACUUCACCUUCGUCAAGAUGCAGCCUCUUCUCUUCGAGCCGUGAGGUGUGUGUGUGAAUGCGUGAGAGAUGCUUUCAGAGACAUGAAUGUCCAGGCUGACAGGUCCAAUCAGAUGUUUACUUUGUGAUUUAAACGUCCAUCUACACAGAAUUAGGUCCUUACAUAAUAUGUGCUUCCUUUGUAAAUCUCUACAUUGCAUGUUGGACUUCUGUCCACAGGAUUGAAGUAAACUUGUCAAACUUGUCGAACAAACAGAUUUGAUCUCAGUAUAAAAGCACAUAUUUUACUCAGGGUAUAGAGACUGAUUUAUUUGGGGGUACAGUAGGAAAUGUGCAGCCAUGUGUGCCUUAAACACUGACAGUAACUUUAUGAUUUGAUAAAAAUGUCAAAUCAAUGCACUAAAUCAGUGUUUGUGCCAUCUUCAGUACCUUUAUUCCAUCUUAUUUUUUUUAAUGGUUACAUAUCUUCAUAAAAUCAUUUGAAUCAUAAAUCAAACACAAUCAAUGUCCUUCUCAGGGCUUUUUAUCUUUUCUGGUGAUGCACGUGCAUCUAUUUCUUGUACUGUGCAAAGUAUAAAGUAUCUCAGGUUUGUAUUUUUGUAUAAGCCUGUGUGUCUUUCUGUAAUACUGUCUUCAUUUCAUGUGCCAGUUGGAUAAUAAAGUUUUACUUUUGUACCAGCGCA